UGGCUGCAGCCGCCACGGCGGCACCUCCUGGACGUGCUAGCGCCCCUGGUCCUGCUGCUCGGGGUCCGCGGGGCCUUGGCAGAGCCAGAGAGCGUGGGCGCAGAAGUGGGGCUCCUGCAGCUGCUUGGGGAGCCCCCGCCCCAGCACGUCACCCAGGUCGACGACCCCGACGUGGGACCAGCCUACGUGUUCGGCCCAGACGCCAGCGGUGGCCAGGCGGCCCGGGCCCACCUCCCCAGCCCCUUCUUUCGCGACUUCUCGCUGCUGUUCUACGUGCGGCCGGCCACCGAGGGCGCGGGCGUGCUGUUCGCCAUCACGGACGCGGCCCAGGCGGUGGUCUCGGUGGGCGUGAAGCUGUCGGGCGUGCGCGACGGCCACCAGCACGUCCAGCUGCUGUACACGGAGCCCGGCACGGCCCAGACGCGCACGGCCGCCAGCUUCCGCCUGCCCGCCUUCACCGGCCAGUGGACGCGCCUGGCGCUCAGCGUGGACGGCGACACCGUGGCCCUGUUCGUGGACUGCGAGGAGCUGCAGAGGGUGCCCUUGGCACGGUCCCCACAGCGCCUGCAGCUGGAGCCUGGCGCUGGGCUCUUCGUGGCUCAGGCCGGAGCAGCGGACCCCGACAGCUUCCAGGGUGCGAUUGCGGAGCUGAGGGUGCGUGGGGACCCCCAAGUGAGCCCUCUGCACUGCCUGGAGGAUGACGACGACGAUGACCGUGACAGGGCCUCGGGAGACUUCGGCAGCGGGCUGCAGGGGAGUCCGGAGCUCGCUGGGGAGGAGGUGGGCAUGUCCUCACAACCCGGCCUCCCUGAGGCUCCACCCGCCACUUCUCCACCCUUGGCUGGAGGCAGCAACUCAGAAGAUUCCAGAACUGAAGAAACCGAAGAAGAAACUACAGCAUCCUCAUUAGGAGCCCAGACCCUCCCGGGCUCACAUACCGUCGUCACGGGGGACGGGAACGUCUGGAGCCCUGGGGACAGCCUGGAAGAGGACCCUGCAGGCCCGGUGGUGCAGGGCCCCGAUGCACGACUUGUCCCUGGGCCGCAGGGACCCCCAGGCCCACCAGGGAAGGAUGGUGCCCCCGGAAGGGACGGUGAGCCGGGUGACCCUGGCAAAGAUGGAAGACCCGGUGACACUGGGCCGCAGGGCUUCCCGGGAACCCCAGGAGACGUGGGCCCCAAGGGCGAGAAGGGCGAUCCCAGGGUUGGGCCGAGAGGACCCCCAGGACCCCAAGGGCCUCCAGGGCCACCAGGCCCCUCCUUCAGGCAGGACAAGCUGACCUUCAUCGACAUGGAGGGGUCUGGGUUCGGCGGUGACCUGGAGAGCCUCCGUGGCCCCAGAGGCUUCCCCGGCCCCCCUGGGCCCCCCGGCGUCCCAGGCCUGCCCGGACAGCCAGGCCGUUUUGGGGUGAACAGCUCGGCCACCCCAGGACCUGCAGGCCUGCCCGGCGUGCCUGGGCGGGACGGGCACCCUGGGCUCCCCGGCCCCCCGGGACCCCCGGGCUCUCCAGGACGAGACGGGCGACCGGGCGAGACUGGCCAGAAAGGCAGCCUCGGUGCAGAGGGAGCCCCGGGACCCAAGGGAAGCAAGGGGGACCCCGGCCCCAUUGGCGCGCCUGGGGUGAAUGGCCUGACAGGAGCCCCUGGACCAGCAGGACCCCCGGGCCCCCCCGGGCCCCCCGGGCCCCCGGGCCCAGGGCUGGCUGCAGGGUUUGAUGACAUGGAAGGCUCCGGGGGGCCCUUCUGGCCGACCGCCCGAGGUGCCGACGGGCUGCAGGGACCGCCCGGCCAGCCUGGAGCCAAGGGGGACCCUGGAAUAAUGGGGCCACCCGGGGCCAAGGGAGGAGCUGGAGCAGAUGGACCUCCGGGGUUCCCCGGCCUCCCGGGCAGAGAGGGCGCAGCUGGAGCCCAGGGACCGAAAGGAGAAAAAGGGACCCGAGGGGAGAAAGGUGACCCAGGCAAGGACGGAGUGGGGCAGCCAGGACCCCCUGGACCCCCCGGAAUCCCGGGACCCAUCAUCUACCUGUCGGAGCAGGACAUGGUGGCCGGUGCCCACGGGGCCAAGGUACGUGCCGCCGGCUGGGACGCGGCCGCCGAGUGCAGGUGGCCGUGCCCACUGACGCUGCUCUCCCUCCCGCAGGGCCAGCCGGGGUUCGCAGGCUUCCCCGGACCAGCCGGGCCAAAGGGAAACCUGGGGUCCAGAGGCCAGCAGGGCCCCCCGGGGGUGAAGGGCGAGAAGGGAGAGCCGGGCAUGGUCUAUGGCCCCGACGGCCGCGGGCUGGCCCCUGCCCACAAAGGAGCCAAGGGCGAGCCCGGCCCCCGAGGACCCCCGGGCCCGUACGGACGGCCUGGACACAAGGGAGAGAUCGGCUUCCCUGGACGGCCGGGUCGCCCCGGGAUGAACGGAUUCAAGGGGGAGAAAGGGGAGCCGGGAGACGCCAGCGUCGGAUUCGGGGUGCAGGGCCCGCCCGGCCCCCCAGGACCCCCCGGCCCCCCGGGCCUCCCGGGGACUCGGGUCUCACAGGGCUUCUGGGCUCAGAGACCCCUGGGCUCAGAGACCCCUGGGCGGGUGGUGGCCUCGGUUUCCAGAACGUCUCCCUCGACCGCCAGCUUUGCCCGUUCUUUGCAGGCGUUUAUGGAGUCUGGCCCCCCUGGACCUCCGGGACCGCCGGGUCACCAAGGGCCUUCUGGACCAAAAGGGGACAAAGGAGAAGUGGGCUCUCCCGGAGCUCCAGGGCAGUUCCCGCUCGACCUCUUCCAGCUGGGGUCCGAGAUGAAGGGAGAGAAGGGUGACCGAGGACACACCGGGCAGAAAGGGGAGAGGGGCGAGCCCGGGGCUGGCGGGUUCUUCGGCUCCAGUAUUCCCGGCCCACCUGGCCCACCGGGCUACCCUGGGAUCCCGGGUCCCAAAGGAGAGAGCACCCCGGGCCAGCCUGGCCCACCCGGACCUCGGGGACCCCCUGGCGUCGGCUACGAGGGGCGCCAGGGGCCUCCCGGCCCCCCGGGCCCCCCAGGGCCCCCAGGGCCCCCGUCCUUCCCCGGCCCUUACAGGCAGACUAUCAGCGUCCCUGGCCCUCCAGGCCCACCCGGGCCCCCAGGCCCCCCCGGAACCAUGGGCACCGCCUCAGGGGUGAGGAUCUGGCCCACGUACCAGACCAUGCUGGACAGGGUGCCUGAGCUGCCCGAGGGCUGGCUCGUCUUUGUGGCCGAGGGGGAGGAGCUGUACGUCCGUGUCCGGGACGGGUUCCGGAAGGUCCUGCUGGGGGCCCGGACACCACUGCCACGUGGGACGGACAACGAGGUGGCCGCCUUGCAGCCCCCGCUGGUGCAGCUGCACGAGGGCAACCCACACCCGCGGGGGCAGCUGCCCCCCUCCACGGCACGGCCCUGGCGGGCAGACGACGUCCUGGCCAGCCCCCCGCGCUGGCGAGACCCUCAGCCCUACCCUGGAGUCCCGCACUACAGCUCCUACGUGCAGCCCUGGCCGGCGCGCCCCACGGGCACCCCAGCCCACCCCCACCAGGACUUCCGGCCGGUGGUGAGUGGCCCCGGCCACGUGCCUGCCAGCCUGUGCUCGCAGGCAGGGUCCUCCGGGACCACCCUCUGGUGCUCGUUGGCGAGGCCUGUCCCUGCUUCUGUCCUGGGGGGGGACAGUGCCUGCGCGGUCCGCGGGGCCGACCUCCAGUGCUUCCAGCAGGCGCGGGCCGCGGGGCUGGCGGGGACCUUCCGCGCCUUCCUGUCCUCGCGCCUGCAGGACCUGCACAGCAUCGUGCGCCGGGCGGACCGCGCCAACGUGCCCGUCGUCAACCUCAGGGACGAGGAGCUGUUCCCCAGCUGGGGGGCCUUGUUCUCUGGCUCCGAGGCCCCGCUGAAGCCCGGCGCCCGCAUCCUCUCCUUCGACGGCAGAGACGUUUUGCAGCACCCCACCUGGCCCCAGAAGAGUGUCUGGCACGGCUCGGACCCCAGUGGGCGCCGGCUGACCGAGAGCUACUGUGAGACGUGGAGGACAGAGGCCGCAACAGCCACAGGCCAGGCGUCCUCGCUGCUGGCAGGCAAGCUGCUGGAGCAGAAAGCCGCAAGCUGCCACAACGCCUUCAUCGUCCUCUGCAUCGAGAACAGCCUCACGACCUCCUCCAAGUAGGGCUUCUGCUCACACGGACGGAAGGACGGACAGAUGGCCCGAGAGAAGGCCAGGUGGCAGGGGGAAGUGGAGAAACCCCCAAUGCAGAGAGCGUCAGCUGGCACCCAAGGGUGGGGCCGGCAGGGACGUGUUCCUGUGUGGUUCACAUUUCCUGUAAUCGUCCAGAAAUAAAAGGAAGCCAAAGAGUGUAUUUUUUAAAAAGUUUAAAACCCAAA